CAAAAGGCCUCAGGAAGUUUGAAGCCUGCGCUACUUUUUUUUAUCCUAAUCCUGCUACUGUUUCGGAUAGAGAGAGACAUUUCGAUUCACUUGCAAUAUGAAUUUGAAGGAUCUUGUUCCUGAAGAACGUAUGAAAAUCGCUGCUCUUUUAGCAGAGAAAAAGAGUACAAAUGAGAAUUCAUGGAUGUAUGAGAAACCGAAAGAUGAUCCUGAAGCAUUUUUGUUGGGAAAACAAGUUCAAAGCUUAAACCAAAUUCAGGAAAUUGGUAAAGAAUAUGACGAAUCACCUGCUCAACGACUUGCUAGAUUUGAUAUGGAAGCCAAAUUUCGUGAAGAUCCCCUGACAAUUAUGAAGCAAAGAGAAGCGGAAAAACGAAUAGAACUGCUUCAGAAUACAGCUAAAGUUAGGAAACUUCGAAGACUUCUAACAGAGCAAAAAUUGCGUAAAGAAAAACGUAAAAGUAAAAAACAUUUAAAACAAAAACAUCUGCAUAAAAGUUCAGAUGAAUCAGAGGGAGGUAGUUCAGAUGAUGAAUUACUGAAUAAGUUCAUUGAAAUUAUUCAUCAAUCUAAUGAACUGAAAGAGGAUAACUCACAGAAAUCUAUGGAUAAAUGUAGUAAAGAAUCAUCUAGUACUGUUAAAAAACAACUUUCAAAUUCUUGUGAUCAGGAACAUGCACUUUCAGACCAAAAGUGUUCAAAUGUGAACAGAAAACAUCAUUCAGAACGUAAUCAAUCAAUUUCAUCCUGUUCAGAAAGAUCUAACUAUCACAAAUCAUCAUCGAAUCGACGAAAGUUAUCCAAAGAAGAAAUCGAAGCUAAGCGAGCCCAGAUGAUUUCUGAUGCAAAAGAACAUGAAAAAGAACGUUUACAUCGUUCCACUACUCACUAUAAGAUAAAAAAGAAUGAAGAGGAAAGGGAAUUAGCCUCGAAAUUUUCUCAUGGACCAUCAUUUAUUAGUCAUUUAAAAAACCAACACGUUGACAGGACUACUUUAGAAGAAGGUAUUCAUCGUAAGGCUAGUAAUCGUCAGAAAGGGGAGCUUCAUGAUAAUUUUAUCAAACGUUAGGUCUUAAUUUUCUGAUUAUAUUGUACAUAAAAAAUGUUUCUUUGAUAAAUUGCAUAAAU